GCCGCGGCUCCUUCGCUGGCUUUACCGUUUUUUCCUCCUUUGCGCGCGCACGCACCCACAGACAUUGACACCCCCACCGCCCCCUUGCGCGUGUCACUCGGUGUCUCUACGCUACACUCCCGCGGGACACGCGCCCGGCUUGUCGCUCCGGGUCCGCCUGGAUUCUAACCUGCUCAGCUCCCUCCUCGGACCUUCGGGGCGUUCGGUUUGUUUCCCGGGACGCUCCGCCAUGGCGCGUCUCCUGCUGCCGUGUGUCCUGCUCUUCACGUCGGUGCAGACGGCCCUCUCCUCCGGAGUCUUCGAGCUGAAGAUCGACUCCUUCACCAGCUCGCGCGGCAUCUGCCGCCUCCAGUCUCCGGACUGCCAGAUCUUUUUCCGCGUGUGCCUCAAACACACGCUGCACGUCAUCAACCCCGAGCCGCCGUGCACGUACGGGACCGCGCUCACGGAGAUCUUCGGUGCCGACUCCAACUCCAUCUCCGAGAGCGCGCCCAUCAGGGUGCCGUUCAACUUCAAGUGGCCGGGAACUUUCUCUCUGAUUAUUGAAGCCUGGAACGCGGAGUCUUCAGGUCUGGAGUCCACAGAGAACCAGAACAACCUGAUCAGCCGGCUGGCGACGCGCCGCAGGCUGACCGUCGGGGACGACUGGUCGCGGGACGUGCACGUCGGGAACCAGAGCGAGCUGCGGUACUCCUACCACGUGGUCUGCAAGGAGCACUACCACGGCGACGACUGCUCCGCCUACUGCCGGCCGCGCAACGACACCUUCGGCCACUACACCUGCGACCGGGAGGGCGGCCUGCGCUGCCUGGACGGCUGGAGCGGCGAGUACUGCUCCGACCCCAUCUGUGCGGCGGGCUGCAGUGCCGAGCACGGCCUGUGCAGGUCUCCGGGGGAGUGUGUGUGCCGGCAGGGCUGGCAGGGCGAGCGCUGCGACGAGUGCGCCCGACACCCGGGCUGCCUUCAUGGGACCUGCCGGCAGCCGUGGCAGUGCGACUGCAAGGAGGGCUGGGGAGGCCUGUACUGCGACCAAGAUCUGAACUACUGCACCAACCACCGGCCGUGCCAGAACGAGGCGUCGUGCACCAACACCGGCCAGGGCAGCUACACCUGUGCCUGUCGGCCCGGCUUCUCCGGGAAGAACUGCGAAAUCGAGACCAACGAAUGCGACAGCAACCCCUGCAAGAACGGCGGGAGCUGCAAGGAUCUGGUCAACGACUACUGGUGCAAAUGCCCUCAGGGUUUCUACGGCAAGAACUGCGAGACCAGCGGGAUGAACUGUGCCGACGAGCCAUGCUUCAACAAGGGCACCUGUGUGGAGAAAGCCACCGGCGGGUACAGCUGCCACUGCCCCCCCACCUUCACUGGCUCCAACUGCGAGAAGAGGACGGACAGAUGCAGCAGCAGCCCCUGCGCCAAUGGUGCGCAGUGUUUGGACCUGGGGAACCGGGUGAUGUGCCGCUGCCGGCCGGGAUUUUCCGGGUCUCGGUGUGAGACCAACAUCGACGACUGCGCCGGGAAUCCGUGCCAGAACGCCGGCACCUGCAUCGAUGGCGUCAACGACUUCAGCUGCUCGUGCACGCUUGGCUACACCGGCAAGGACUGCUCCGUGCGCACCAGUCCCUGCGACCAGCUCCCGUGCAACAACGGCGGCACGUGCUACACCCACUUCACCGGGCCCGUCUGCAAGUGUGUGCCGGGCUUCAUGGGAGAUCGCUGCCAGUACGUGGACAACACGCCGGCCAAACAGCCGCCGGAGGACGGCGACGCGCCGCCGGCGCUGAUCGCCGCCGUGUCUCUGGGUCUGGUGACGCUGUCCCUGCUGGUGUGCGCCGCCGUGCACGUCCUGCGCCAGCUCCGCCGCAGAAUCCGUUCCAGCGCCGUCUCGGUGAAGAACGACCUGGAGACGGUGAACAACGCGGUGAUCGGAGGGGGCGUUCCCAACAACGGCGCGUUGCCGGGAGCGCCGCGCGGAAGCCUGAGGGAGAAGGAGGCCUUCCUCAUCCAGAGAGGCCACCUCAAAGUGUCCAACAAGGACGCGGCUCUGCUGGAGAAGGCCGGGGACAACUUGUCCAUGUUCAAAAACAAGAUGGCGGAUUAUAACCUGGCGAAGGAGGAGCGGCUCACCGAGAAGAACAAGUUUGACUUAAAGAAGAGCGAGUCGUCGGUCGUCGUUCCUCCUCUCGGCUUCAUGAAGGACAGCCUCCAUCAGCCCGUCUUCAUCAUCCCCGAUCAGAUGGAGCAGUGUGUGUAUGCUACUGAGGUUUAAUGUCAAGAUUUCUCACCAGCCGAAGAGGAAACUGUUUCCGUCCUGGACCGAAAGCCCAGAGGAUGUAUUUUACACACUCUUCUAAUUUAAUAUUUAUUACUGCUGCUCAACAGAAAGAAACUGUUUCUGUGUUUUAUUCGCUCUGCUUUGAUGCUGACGGUGAUCGGAGGAGAACAGAGACUGAAUGUCUGCCAUCAUUUGCACUAUUUAUCUUCAUCUUUUGUUUUUUUUUUAAAUACUGAAACCAGAAUAUAAUUUUUUUUCGUAGUAAUCUGUGUUGGAUUUUUGCCUUGGCUGUACAGUUUCAGAGACGUUUGAGGGCUGCAGGCAUCGAGAGUCUGCAGGGUUGAUAUGAGACGUCUGCAAGCGGACGCUCUGCACAGAGCCACUGUUUCCUCACCAGGAUGUUUUAACACUGUCAAGUUUCUGCUAAGGAUGACUUCUAAAGCUGUGGAUUACUCUGGAUCUGCUUGCACAAACUCUUCAAUCGUAGUUGCGGUGGAGUCCGAGCGCUCCCCGCUGAAUCCACAGGGACCGUGUGGACAUGCAGGAAGCAUGAAUCAGCCUCUACAAUCACCUCACAAACUCUCAAGUGCCUCGUUUUGUUCCAGAAGGACACCAGCAGAGUGCUCGGAAGGAUCUGUGAGACCCACAGACCCACCCUCUACUCGCCACCGCUGAUGUCAAAGUCACCGUUUGUGCUUUUCUCGACCUCCAAUCUCUGAUCCCAAACCUGUGAUGUUUGAUUUCUUAUGUUGGGUGAAUUAUUUUUUGAUCUCUGAUCUACCAGCUAGAAUCCGUGUUAUUCCUGAUCCCAGAUUGAGGAUCAGUGAUCUGUGACUCUGGAUCCUGGUUCCUGAUCUUUGAUCCCUGAUGCAGGGUGUCUGAUCUCUGAUCCGAUCUGUGAGCCCUGGUUUCGGAUCUUAGCGGUCUGAUUUGCGGUCUCAGGUGAGUCGGGGAGGUUUUUUUGCUGAAACAAUCGGCUGCUCAUGUGGAUAAUCUCCAACGUGUUUCAAUCAGUCAAGUUUUAUUCCUGCUGGAAGAAAAUCUGACAGGAAGUGUUCAACAUCAAGAGUCAGAGAUGCAAAUGUGAGAAAGGUUAAAAGAAGGGUGUCCUCUUGAGUGAUGAUGAUGAUGAUGAUGGUGAUGAAGAUGAUGAUGAUAUUGAUACUGAUGAAGAUGAUAAUAGUGCAGAUGACAAUGGUGAUGAAGAUGAUGGCGACGAUGAUGAUGAUGAUUGCACGUUCCAGUUCUCUCGGGACUUGGAACCGCGCUCUUGGAGAAAGUCGUGGACGUUUCGUUCUUCAAAACAUUCGUUGUAUUUGAACCUUGUCGGUAUUUUGAUGACCGUGUCCGUCGUUUUGACCGUCGUCUGUGAGAGAACGCCGUUCGGUCUGAGGUUCUCCAUACCAAAAAUGAGUGUGGUUCCCGUCAAGUCCUCGUUCCUGUCUGUUAAUUUAAGAGAACAAUGCAAUGUGUACAUAGUCCCCAGACCAGUUUUCUUAUUUAAUUUCCAGCCUUUUGUGAAAAUGUGUUUUGUAUUUAUGACAGAGAAUUGUUUAUAUUUCUUUAUUUCAAUGUGCCUGAAGUCUCCGUCAAAAUCAAGAAAUAUCUAUUUUUCAUAAAUAAAUUUGAAAAAUAACCAGC